UCGCUUCGCACGCAGCUAUUUGCUCGAUUGAUGGCUCAAAGUGAUUUAUAAGAGUUGGAAAUAGAUUUUUUAAUGUUUUAAACUUAUUUUUAUGAAAUAAGAUGUUAGUUUUCUUCAAAAAUAAUGUCGUAAAAUUAACUGUAAAACGCGAUGGCUAUAAGUUUUAGAAGAAUACUUUACAAGUACGCUAAGUGUUUAGUGAUUACAGUUCUAAUAGCGUUUUUUUCUCAAAUAUUACUUGCGAUAUUCUUCUUUCCUACGGAGAAUGAUAACUUGCUAAAGAAAACUGGACAUACAUCCUUCUUAUUGAAGGAAGUAGGUGAUGUUUCAGCAAGGAAAUUAAGCGCUGUAUUAAGCGACGAUGAAGACUUUCCUGCGAAGAACAAGCCACUGAACAAACCGGCUACAGUGUUAAGAUUAGAAGAACUAGACUUUAAACCAGCCUGUGAUAUCAAAAGUCGGGAAGCUAUAUCUGCGAUACACCGCGCGAAAACUCAAAACUGUAAACAACAGAUUUUAAAUAAAACUUGUCUUAUACAAGAUGGUCACUUUUAUCCUAAAGAGUUACCAAAUAGUUGUUUGGCUGAAGGAAUGGCACAUGGAAAACAUUUGGGAUGUUAUGUAGAUGAAAAGAAGUUAAGAUUACUUUCAAGUUUUUAUGGAAAUUAUGCCAGCACUAAUUCUCCAGUGGCAUGCUUAGACAUCUGUGUGCAAGCUGGUUUUCCAUAUGCAGGAGUACAAUAUGGGUCCGAAUGCUUUUGUGGGGAGAACCCACCACCACCCUCGGCACAGACAGCUGACGACAUGUGUGACAUGAAAUGCCCGGGAGACUCUUCCAAAAUCUGUGGAGGAUAUUUUACUAUGAACAUUUUCGAAACUGGUUUAGCAAAAUUUGUUUCACGGACCCCUGAAACUUCUUCAAAGCAGGAUUCAGUUAGAAUAAUAUUCCUACUAACACUGAAUGGGCGUGCCUUACGACAAGUCCACAGACUGAUCAAUGCACUCUACAGAUCCAAUCACUAUUUCUACAUACAUAUUGACUCGAGGCAAGAUUAUCUUCAUCGAAAGUUAUCUGUGCUGGAGGAGCAAUUUCCAAACAUCAAGCUAGCCAGAAAUAGAUUUUCGACAAUAUGGGGUGGAGCCUCUUUACUUACAAUGCUUCUUGCUGCCAUGAAGGAUUUCUUCAGACUUGGUUGGCACUGGGAUUUUGUCAUAAAUUUAAGUGAAAGUGACUUUCCUAUUAAGUCUUUAGAAAAUUUAGAAACUUUCCUUGCUGCUAACAAGGGUUUAAAUUUUGUUAAAUCGCAUGGUCGCGAAGUGCAAAGAUUUAUCAAGAAACAAGGUUUAGAUAAAACUUUCAUUGAGUGUGAAACGCACAUGUGGCGUGUGGGUGAGAGAAAGUUGCCGCGAGGUAUUGUAAUAGAUGGUGGAAGCGACUGGAUUGCACUGUCCUCUGAAUUUGUUAAAUAUGUCAUAGGAAAACAAGACGAACUUCUAGCAGGAUUAGACAUAAUUUUUCAACAUACUUUGUUGCCUGCAGAAUCAUUCUUUCAUACAGUAUUGAGGAAUUCUCAUUUUUGCACAACAUAUGUAGAUAAUAAUUUACAUGUUACGAACUGGAAAAGGAAAUUAGGAUGUAAAUGUCAGUAUAAGCAUGUAGUUGAUUGGUGUGGCUGUUCGCCGAAUGAUUUUAAAACCGAAGAUUGGCCAAGAAUACAAAACACGCAAGAUCGACAACUAUUUUUUGCAAGAAAAUUCGAGCCUAUAAUUAAUCAAGAAAUAAUUACAAGAGUAGAACAGUUUAUUGGCUAUACUGAUCAUUACUUAAUAACAAGCUUAGAAGCAUACUGGCAGAGUAUAUACAAUGUAGAAGAUUUGACUGCAAGUACAGAUGAUACUCUGCUGUCCCAUGCAGGGAGUGUGGUUCGCCAUAAUGCUAAAAUAUUAUUGACAGAAGGCUGCGCAAUUGAACCGGACGAAAUUAUCGAAAUAAAUUCAUACCACUGUGCUGAUGUCUAUAAGGGUAAUUUAAUAUUACAUAAAGCUACCAUGCCUGAUGGCUUAGAAGUUAUUGUCGAGACUUGGUAUAAACCAAAAAAGCAUUUAGACUUAAAUUUUGAGAAUCAGUUUGUAGACAAUGUUAAAAUAUUCAAAGUAAGUUCAGAAUAUGAUCAAAAGGAAAGUACAUUUAGGAAUUUAGCUGGUGUUUUAGGUCCACUGUCUGAACCAGUUUUAUUGUACCAAUUCUCGCCACCUAUUGAGAAGAAUUUCGAAAAUUUGACAGUCAUGUGGCUCGACCCAGCUGGCGUGAUCGCCGAUGUUGCGGGUAUUCACGUGAACGAAAAUAAUUUAACAAAUUUUAUAAAACCCAGCCUGAAAACUCCACUUUUACCAGGAAUUUGGAAAGUGGGCUUAUUUGAACAAUCUAAUUUAAUAGCGUCCACGAAAUUUCUUAUCACACCUUUAGAAUAUUUUUCAGGUAAAGAACUGUCUCACCAAGAAGCUAGUAUAAUACACAGUGGUUCUCAAAAUGCUUACAAAAAUUAUUCAUAUGUUAAAAUUCUUAAUUUUGUACCUAAUCAAGAUGAGAGUUUAUUGUUGCAAAAAAUUUCUUACUCUAAUAUUAAAAGAAUACAUCAGGACCUAAGAGAGUGGAUAGAUGGUUUAAGCAUCGAAUUUUAUAAUGUAUUAAGUUCUUGCAUUUCGUCAAAGACUGAUUUGAAAGACAGACUAAAAUGUGGUAAGCAUCAUUUCCAAUAUUGCUCCUCAUCCGACUGGAGUUCCUUGUCUCCAGAUCCCAAGGGUACAAUAGGUAAAUUAAAUCAAAGCAAUGGUCGCCUCGAAAGACUAUGACAAAAGCUUUUUAAACCCUUGUAUAGAUAGCAUGAAAAAAAUCUAAGUCAUAUAUGUUUUGUUGGAGUAUGGUUUGUAUAAAAUUUAGUCAACACGUUUUGUAUGUGAAAUAGGUAGUUAGGUAUUAUAACAAAAUAUGACAUCGAUAAACUAUGCGUAUUUGUAGGUACGUAUAAAUUUCGGUAUAAUCAAUCACCUUGGUUUUCUCGUAAUUUGGAUUUAGUGCAAAUAAUCUAUAUUAGAUUCAGAAGCCUCCCGAAUAUGUUAUGUUGGCAAGUGUUACUUUAGGUAAAAGUGACGGCAGGCUAUAAUUUUAUAAGUACCGAAAUGCUUAAUGAAGUAUAUUAAAAAGUUUUAAAGUAUUAUUUUAACUAUUUGGCAAUCACGAAAUAACAGAAAAAAUAUGUAGUUCAUACUGUAUACCAUAAUAAGCUUAUAAUAUUAUCUAAGGAUAAUCUGAUAAGUGCUACACCAGAAACUACUAAGCAUAUUUAUCAAAUUUUGAGGCCCCAAAAUUUAUAAUUGAACAAACUAAAUAGAUAAAGAAUAAUUUGAAACUCGUCGUACAUGCGUCGCUUCCUUAUAGUGGAGCCCAUGAGUAUGCGGCGGUAGGAGUCGCGGUCCAGCCCCCACAGCUUGAGCGUGGUCCGCGCGCGCACGGUGGCGGCGCGCGGCGUGCCGUAGAUCAGCGCC